AUGUAUAUAGACAGUAUUCAAGAGUCAGACUCAAGGCUUUCUGAGAAUGUAUAAUGCAUAGGUCCAUAUUUGCACUAAUAAUCAACAAGGUAAUAUUAAAAAAGAUAAAUUUCUUUUACAUCCAUGCCUUCUGAUCCAUUAGAGGAUUUCAAUUCAAAAUCAAAUGAUUAGGGUAUUAUAGAUUAGCGAAAGUUGAAAUUUAUAAAGUAAAAAGAAAGUUUGAGAAGAUUUUAAACAAAAAAUAAUGUAACCCAAUACUUUUAAAUUUAGAAUUCUCCUCUUUUAUAAACCCAAGUUUUAAACAAAAAUAAGGGAAAUUAUCAGCAAUAGGUUUCCCAAUCCGUAUAUGCAGCUAAGACACAAAUGAAAAAAAUGUUGGGUCUGCUAGUUAAAAAUAGAUAUAUUAAAAAGUUUUAAUAAAACUUGUUCCUCAAAUCAUAUGUGAUUCCUACUAGUAGAAAAAAUUUGUUAUCAUCAGAAUGCUAUUUAUAAGAAAAUUAGUUUUAAAAUGAAUUAGGUAUAGUAUAAUUACAAUUAGGUAGAUCAAAAUAAUUAAAAAAUUAGUGGAUACUUAUUCUAACCAGGCUCAAAUUUUAUGAUAGUUUUUGAUACCUACUUAUUCAUUAUCUAUUUAUUUAGUUUAUGGCUUAGUCCAUUUUUGACUAGUUUUAUGCCUGAAAAUGAUGAAAUAGCUCACAUCUCUAUAUUAAUAAUAUUAGGCCUAGCCUUAGAAAUUAUUAUUUCAUUUAACAGAGCAAUUAUAAUAUAGGGUGAAAUUAUUGAAGAUCGUAAGAUGAUAGUAAAAUAUUAUGUGACUCAAUAAUUAUUUUAUGAUAUUUUAAUGAUAAGCAUAUGGAUGAUGUAUUUCCUUUAAUCUAAUAGAAUUUAUAUUGUUAACGAAGCUUUAGGUAUCUUAUCUUGUUUAAUAACCAUAAAAAAAUUGACUAAAAAUUACUUUGGCUAUAUUGAAUAUCUUUAUUUAAAAGGUGGGGUGAAUAGCUUAAUUGACCUUAUAACUCUAAUCAUUUUGAUUUGCUUUUAUGCUCACUUUAUGGCAAGCAUUUGGCAUUAUAUAGGGUCCUUCGAUGAUCUAUUUGAAAAUACAUGGUUAAUAAAAUAUAAUAUAAUCAAUGAGUCAGCAUGGCAAAGAUAUAAUUAUUCUUUUUAUUGGGCAACUGUCACUAUGGUUACUAUUGGUUAUGGUGAUAUUACUCCUUAGAACCAAGUAGAAAUUAUUUUUACCAGCAUAAUGAUAUUAAUUUCAAGUUGUGUCUAUGCUUAUUUGAUGAAUUCCAUAGGAAUACUUGUUAAACAUAUUAAUGAUACUAAAUUUAAAUACAGAAAGUAGAUAGCAAUUGUAAGUUCUUACAUGAAAAAAAACAAUGUUAACCCAUUAUUAUAGGCUAGAGUUAAAAAUUUCUUAUAACAAAACAUUUAGAAUGAUAAAAAUGAAAAUACUGAGGAAUUAGAAUGCUUAUUCUAAACUUUCCCUCAAAGUCUAAAAGCAGAUAUGUUGAACAACAUUUAAAACAAUUUGAUAAAUAAAAUUGUGUUUCUAAAGUAGAAUUUUAGUAAAAAAUGUUUAAAGUAACUUUCUAAAAAGAUAUCCAAAUUUGAAGUUGUUCCGGAUGAUUGCAUUUUUAAACAAAAUGAUUAAAAUGACAAAAAUUUGUAAAUUUUAUGAAUAUGAUAGAUAUUUCAUAAUUGAAGGCUAAGUAGAGUUAUAAGAGGAAAGAACCAAGAAGUCUUUGUAAAUAUUAAAGAAAGGUGAUUGCUUUGGUGAAUAUUAAUUUUUUACUGGGUUUCCCCCAAAAGUGACUGCCAUCUCAUAAGGAUAUUCAGAAAUUUGUAAAAUAAGUAGAGAUAGCUUGUUAGAAUAGUUAUCUAAAUUUCAAAAAGAUGCUGAAAGAUUUCAUCAUAUAAAAGAUUCAAUCUUAUUCGAGAAUAACUUUUUUAAAAUCUUUUUAAAAUGUCAUUUGUGUGGAUAAUAUAAUCAUUAGAUUGUUGACUGUGGUGUGUUAUAAUAUAAACCGGAUUUAGAAUAAAGAUUUAUGAAAUAAUUUUACCAUUCAACAUAAGAUAGGAGAUAAUGGAACAGAAAAUAAACGAAAUAUAAUUCUUUAGUAGCAGAAUCUAUCAUUUCUGAAUCUAUCUAAAGAUAUUAAUAAGCAAUAUAUGGAUAAGCCAUUGAUGAAUAAAAUGGUUAAAGUGAAAAACUAGAUCCUGAAUAAGUUUAAACAUUAACAAAAAUGAUAGCUUAAGAAACCUAGGACAAUAUGGCUUAAAAAUCUUAAAAUAAAAGUUUAAACUCCUAAUAAUAAUUCUAAGAUUCUAAAUAAUAUUUAUCUGGCUCUUUUUAAAAAUAACUCAAAAAUAUGAAACUAAAUACUACUUUAAAUAUAGAACGAAGCUCAUUUAUGGAAUUACAGCAGACAUAUAUAUUCAAAUAAAAAUCAGAUGAAUUUUAUUAUGAAACAUAGGGAGUACCUUUGUUAUUCCAUCAAAAUAAUAUUGAUCAAAUGUAAAAUUAUCGUUAUUAUUUUACUGGACAUAAUUCAGUCGAUAUCAUUAAAGCAUACAAUAACAUUUAGAACAAUAAAAAGAAAGGAUUAGCAACUUUAAAUGAAUUGAAGAAAUUAUACAAAAAAUACACAUUUAAUUAAUCAUUAAUCAAUAUUUUGAUUAAAACUAAAAAAUAUGAUAAAUGA